GGCGCGGGGCGCGCCGGGAGCGCGGGCGGAGCGGAGCCCUCGGUGUCCUCGGGCCGCCAUGCUGCCCGCCGCGCUGCCCGCCGCCCGCCGGGCGCUGCUGCCGCUGCUGCCGCCGCCGCGCCGCGGGGCCCCCGCCGGGCUGCGCGCGCUCGGCACCGGCCCCGCGCGGCGCUCGGAGGCGCUGGCCGGGGCGCCGCUGGACACGGCCACCAAGGAGUACUCGCCCAAGGUGCGGCAGCUGGUGCGGGACAUCGCGGGGCUGACGCUGCUGGAGGUGGCCGAUCUCAACGCGCUGCUCAAGGAGACGCUAAAGAUCCCGGACGUGGCGGUGAUGCCCGCGGCAGCCGCCGCCUCCCUGCUGCCCGCCCAGGCGGCUCCGCAGGAGGAGGAGGAAGUGGUCCCGCUCAAGAAAGAGAAAACUCAUUUCACCGUCCGGCUGACAGAGCUGAAGGCCUCUGACAAGGUGAAGCUGAUCAAGGAGGUGAAGAACUUCGUGCCUGGAGUGAACCUCGUGCAGGCAAAGAAGCUGGUGGAGUCCCUUCCGCAGGAGAUCAAGGCGAACGCGUCCAAGGAGGAAGCAGAGAAGAUCAAAGCAGCGCUAGAGGCAGCAGGAGGGACUGUUGUUCUGGAGUAGUCUCGCCAUGGAGAGACUGGUGCUACAGCUGCUGCCCAGGCCGGGCUCCGGACCUUUCUGAGUGCGUGUGGCACAGUGGGAGCACUCUCCCAGAGAAUGCUGUAUGGUUUGGCAGAGCUGUUAAUUCCUGCAAUCACCAUGAACUCUACCUUAUAAAUACCAAAAAAACCUGUAAAAUUAUUCAUCUUUCUCAAGUGCUGAUUACCCCCAUGCUCCCCAUGUCAUGGAAUCAGAAUGGUUUAUGGCAGAAGUGACCUUGAAAGAUCUAAUUCCAGCCCCUUGCUAUGGGCAGGAAUACCUUCUGCUAGGCGAGGUUGCUUCAAGCCUUGUGCAGCCUGGCCUUGAAGACUUCCAGGGAUGGGGCAGUCACAGCUUCUCUUCACAGCAGCGUGUGCCAGGGCCUCACCACCCUCACAGACAAAAAUUUAUUCCUAAUAUUUAAUCUAAACCUACUCUUAGUUUGAAGCCGUUCCCCCUUGUCCUGUCACUACACACUCUUGUAAAAAUUGCUCUCUCCGUCUUUCUUGUAGGCUCCCUUCAGGUACUGGAAGUUUGUACCAGCGCAUCAUGCACCUCUUUACACUGCC